AUGGAGAUCCCAGUGAUCGACCUCGACGGGCUCAACGGCGACGCCGCCGAGAGGACGCCGACCAUGGCGCGGCUCCACCAAGCCUGCAAGGACUGGGGCUUCUUCUGGGUGGACAGCCACGGCGUGGAUGCCGCGCUGAUGGAGGAGGUGAAGCGCUUCGUCUACGGCCACUACGACGACCAACUCGAGGACAAGUUCUACGCCUCCGGCCUCGCCAAGGACCUACUGCAGGCGGCCGUUCCUGACCCUGAGGAUUCCAACAAACCAGUCUCCGAUCAGGUGGACUGGGAAAGCGCCUACUUCAUCCGGCACCACCCCAACAAUGACGUCGCCGACUUCCCGGAGAUCCUGCCGCCAACAAGGGAGGUGCUCGACACGUACAUCACCCAGAUGGUGUCGCUCGCCGAGCGGCUUGCCGAGUGCAUGAGUCUCAACCUGGGCCUCGACUGCGCCCGCAUCAAAGACACCUUCGCGCCGCCGUUCGUCGGGACCAAGUUCGCCAUGUACCCUGCCUGCCCGCGGCCGGACCUCGUGUGGGGCCUCCGCGCCCAUACCGACGCCGGCGGCAUCAUCCUGCUCCUGCAGGACGACGUCGUCGGCGGGCUCGAGUUCUUCAGGGGCGACCGGGAGUGGGUUCCCGUGGGACCCACCAAGGGCAGCAGGAUCUUCGUCAACAUCGGGGACCAGGUGGAGGUGAUGAGCGGCGGGGUCUACAGAAGCGUGUUGCACCGCGUCGCCGCCGGCCGCGAGGGCCGCCGGCUAUCCGUGGCAACGUUCUACAACCCUGGGAUGGACGCCGUUGUGGCGGCGCCGGUCACGGCCGUGCAGCUGUACCCCGGGGCGUACAGGUUCGGCGACUACCUCGACUACUACCAGGGCACCAAGUUUGCCGACAAGGCGGCGAGGUUUCAGGCCGUCAAGGAGCUGUUCGGUUAA